GCUUCCUUUGUGGGAUACAUCCCCCAAUCUGACGUCAGCUGGAUGUGGGAUUUUUCCUCCCCAUCCCAGCCUCAAGCUAACGCAUUCACAUGUCAGCUCUUCAGCAGCAACUCGAGGCUCAGGUAUAUGUACCUGAACACCUCAUAUCAUCACAUCCACACAUCAACACCAAUCAAAAUGCUGCCUGAGACUCUCCUCCAGCAGUGAUGCCUGCCGUCAGCCCUCCCACCCCUCUCCUCUGUGUGCUGCUCUGUGUGUCGGUGGCUCUGCAGCGCUCUGACCUGCGUCUGGCUUACGUGACCCACAACAGCUUUUUCUACUACUCCUGCAGCCAGGACCCGCAGCCCUGCAGCGUCUCCUCACUUACAGACUGCAGAUGCAAGGACAUCCAGGUUUCCACGCUGCACCACCCGCAGUCGCACUCGUCCCCCGUCUUCCGGAUGAGACGUUUAACGGUUUGGUUCACGUCGCCAUUAAACACGGCUCGUCUGCUCAACAACUCCGAGGUAAGACACCUCACUCUGAUUCACUGUGGCCCCGGAGGAUCUGAGCCACCCUCUUCUUCCCUGGAGGGACAUUUUGCCGUGCAGCACCUUGAGAGGCUGACAGUGGUGAACCUGGAGAAGAUGCCGGUUCACCACUGUCCAGAUGCAAACAGAGCCUGGAACAUAGACUCAAACAGUGACCCUGACAGAGAUAAUGGUGCUCACCUUGACACAAAUAGAUACAAGAAGGAUAAAGACACAAACCUGGACAUGACUGUGAAGAGAGAUUCCUUGGAUUUGUCCUCGCUCCAGUGCCAAGACAUCUUCCUGGGCAGGGAGCUGGGAGCACCGUUUCACGAACAGGCCAGACUGGGAAUCAUCCACAGCUCCGUGCUGGAGUGGGGAGCAGUGGUCAAAGCCUACACGGUUCAGACACACAUAGACAAUGACGGCGUGCUGCCGUUCCCUGAUCUCCACCUGCCAAAAUUACCAGAGACAUCUGUCAUAUAUGUCAGCUUUGUGUACUGAUGAGUUACUUUGCAGGAGGAAGAUGAUCUAGUGUUCAGGACCUGCAAACAAUCACUUUCUUGCUCACCAGGGAUCCUACAUUUUGGAUUAUAAUUUGAGUCUUUUUUCUUGCAGGCCUCCGAUUUACUAAAUAAAUAGAUAACUCCAAUGUAAACACAGGAUUUUGCACACACACGCAAACCCAAGCAAAACUAAAUUAGAUUAUUCUUAUCCUAUAGAUUUAACCGUCAUUUUCCCAAGUGGCCAGAUAACUUUGCACAGCUGUUUAUCAGCAUUACAAAUAUAUAUCAACUAAUGAGGGACCAGAGUAGCCUGCCAACCCCCUCCAGCUGACGUGUUUUUUGUUUUUAAAUGUUGGUUGUGAAAUGGGUGUCUCUGUUAACCAUUUAUUUGCCCCUUGUUUUUCUACCACAAAGACAGAAAAUGUGAGCGUCCACCAUGAAGUGCAUCCCACUGAAGCUCUGAUCCGGUUGCUGAAUUAACACUGAAUAUAAAUCUGCUGCCUGUUAUUUCAGCUUUUCAUUUGUGCUUGACAGAUGUAGCGACCGGUUUACUUGUAGGCUAAAUGUCUUCGCUGGAGAGAGGACAUUGAGCUUAUUUGGUCUGUGUGCAGCAUAAAUCCCACCAAGCUCAGCUCUGGCAUUCCUACAGCUGACCUCUGACCUCUGUGAGAAAGAAAGGAGAGACUUUCUCCUCUGGGAUCGAUUAAUCGUCUUAAAUGUGAAAUGCAAUGUUUGGUUCCAGGAUUCGACCACAAGAUGGCAGCAGAUACAUUUCAGUCAAAGAGGAAGACGUGAAGGGAAGUGUUUCAGAAGGACUGAGCUGACUGAUAGCAGGAGGAAAAAACGUUUUUUGUUUUUUUUGUUUUUAAAGUCUACAACUCUUAAAAGAAUCCAGCUAACCUUAAAUUCAGCAAAUAUGUCGUGACGUAUCUCAGCACUUUAAAAGCCUGUGAGGAAUAUUGUUUGUUAGGAUGGAGGUAUAAGAGUUAAUGAAUGAUGGCAUAUUUAUUUGUUUACAAAAAUGAAAUGAACAAUUUCAUCACUUGCAUUUGUGUAAAACAGAAACAGAAAUAAAUUAUUUACUCAUCACUUGGGAAUCUAACAUGAUAGAUAUUGUCCAAAAAUUGAUUUGUCCAAAGUUGCAAGUUAAACCAUAUCUUGUAAUGUAUUUUAUGUUUACAAUAUGAGGUAUAAACGAAUUGCAAUGUGGAGGGAAAUCCACCGAAAGUCACAAUUUAAAAGUGUGACCAGAAAUUUUAUUUGAUAUUUUUUUGACAUCACUGAUCAUUGUGAGGUACAGCUGCAUUUGUCCGGUUAACGCCUCGUGCGUCAGUCUGAUAAUGAGUCCUGUUUAUACAUGUGUGUGUGUGUGUGUGUGUGUGUGUGUGUGUGUGUGUGUGUGUGUGCUGAGUGUGCGCUGACACCUGCUAGAGAGCCGCUUAUUUGCAUGAUAAACGUGCGGCGCAUCUUGUUCAGAGCCCCGUGAAUGCAAACUGAUGUCGCCUGUUGAUCCUGCACCUGAGAGGUCAGCACACCACCCCGACGCACACUACGGGGGCAAUUACCGGAGAAAUCCCCGGCGGCGGCGGUGAGGCAGCCGGGCUGCUCACAGAGAGACCGGCCGCUCUCCUUAUGGGAAUCCUGAAGGUUGGUGUGAACCGUGACCUCCACUUGUGCUAAUCGGAAGACAAACUGCCGCCUGUAAAAACAAAUCAUUUACACGUUCGGUCUGAUACUCGUGAUGUAUUGAGCACGCUCAAUGCACACUGUUAAUAUUGAUGUCAGUCUGAAAAAAGUGGACGGGCCGAGAGUAAAUCGGAUUGAUUUUAGGUGGGCUCUCCCUCCACUGCACCCCUCCAACUGUGAGUCUUUAACCACGCUGCCGCCGUCUCCUCACCGGCAGUUUAG